UGAAAGCAUAUAAAAGGUGUGAAGGGCAAAACUAAAAAUCAAAGCCAAUCAAGUUCAAGCUAUGGAGCUGAGCGCAGCCACCCUCAUGCUCCUGUCCCUGCCAAUUGUUGUGGCCUUGUUGAGCAGCAGAUUGGCAGCAGCAGCAGCAAGCUCCAAGAAGAAGAAGAAGACGAGGCGGCCUCCGGGGCCAUGGAAUCUCCCCUUGGUGGGGAGCCUCCUCCACCUCGUCGGGGCGCAUCCGCAGGUGGCGCUCCGCGACCUGGCGAGGAGGUACGGCCCGGUGAUGUUCCUCCGGAUGGGGCAGGUGGACACCGUCGUGGUCUCGUCGGUGGAGGCGGCGCAGGAGGUGCUCCGGGACAAGGACGUCACCUUCGCGUCGCGGCCGAGCAUCCUUCUCUCGGAGAUUGCCUGCUACGGCAACCUCGACGUCGGCUUCGCGCCGUACGGCGCAUACUGGCGGAUGCUGCGCAAGCUCUGCACGGUGGAGCUCCUCAGCGCGAAGAUGGUGCGGCAGCUCGCGCCCGUCAGGAACGACGAGACGCUGUCCCUCAUCAGGAAGAUCCAGGUCGCCGGGCGAGGCGGCGACGAACCCGUCGUUCUCACCAGCCUGCUCAAAUCCUGCGCGAACACCAUCACCGCGAAGGCGGCGUUCGGCCAGGCGUGCAGCGAGGAGCUCAAGGAGCAGUUCCUGUCGGCCAUGGAUCUGGCGCUCGAGUUCAGCAGCGGUUUCUGCUUCGGCGACCUCUUCCCGUCGCUGCGGUUCGUCGACGUGCUGACGGGGCUGAGAAGCCGGCUGUGGCGAGUACGCUCGCAGCUGGACGCCGUCUACGACAAGAUCAUCGCACAGUGCGAGGCGCAGCGAGGUGACUCCCUCGUCGACGUCCUCCUCAGGAUCAGGGACGAGGGGGAGCACGAUGAGUUCCCCUUCGGCACAACGAACGUCAAGGCAAUUAUAGGGGACAUGUUCACGGGAGGGACGGAGACCACUUCAUCCUCCGCGGAGUGGGUCAUGUCGGAGCUGAUGAGGAACCCGAAGGUGAUGGCCAAGGCACAGGCCGAGGUGAGACGGGUUUUCGACAACAAGAGCCCACAGGACCACGAGGGCGAAAUGGAUAAGCUACGCUACCUAAAGAUGGUGAUCAUGGAGACCCUGCGGCUGAACCCGGUGCUGCCGCUGCUGCUGCCCCACUUCUGCCGGGAGACCUGCGAGGUCGGUGGGUUCGAGAUCACCAAGGGCACCAGAGUGAUGAUCAACGCGUGGGCGAUGGCGAGGAGCCCCGAGUACUGGGACGACGCGGAGAAGUUCAGGCCGGAGAGGUUCGAGGACGGCAUGGCGGACUACAAGGGCACCCGGUGCGAGUACUUGCCGUUCGGGACGGGGAGGAGGAGGUGCCCCGGUGACAUAUUUGGGCUGGCCUUGCUGGAGCUCAUCGUGGCUCGUCUUCUCUACUACUUCGACUGGAGCCUUCCUGGUGGGAUGCAGCCUGAUGAGGUCGACAUGGAGUGUGUUGUUAGUGCCACGAUGAAGAGAAAGAACCAUCUGCAACUCUUGGCGUCCCCAUAUGUGGUGGUUCCUGUUCAAAGUUGAUGGGUGUGUCCGUGUAUUUGUUCUUCACAUGCUCGUGUUCGGUGUACUUUGUAUGGUGCAUAUCAUGUUUGUCUGGUGGCUUGGACAGAUAAUAAUUAUGGCAAGGAUAUGUACUUCUACUUUGAAAGAUCUUUUCAUCAAAAUCAAAUUUCUACUUUAAA